GUAUAACCGUUUGCUACAUCUUGUGACUUCGACUUCUAAGUUCUUCGGUGUGAUUAAAAAUUAUACGGCAUUAAGAUGAUGAAACAGGAUUCUCAGUCUAUUCAGCAGCUGCUGGUAGCUGAGAAAAGAGCAGAAGAAAAAGUAAAUCAAGCGAGAAAACGAAAAGUUAUGCGCCUGAAGCAAGCAAAAGAAGAAGCUCAGGUAGAAAUGCAAAAAUUUAGGACUGAAAAAGAGGAAGAGUUUAAAGAAUUUGAGGCUAAAUUUCUAGGUACAAGGGAAAGCAAUAUUAUGAAGAUUGAACUAGACACAGAUAAAGCUAUGAAGGAAAUGGAGAAACUUGUGAAACUGAAUAAAAGUGCUGUCAUUGAUUAUCUUUUAGAACUUAUAUUUACUAUUGAAUGUCAGCCUCAUCAGAAUUUCAAAGCAGAAGUGCGUUAGAUAUCUACAUUUCUGUUCUUCUUUCCUUAUAUAAAUUCAGGUAUUAGUUAAAGUUUCUAUUUUUUAAUUCAUAUAAUAAAAUAUUCUUUAUCAUUUCUGAGGGGAAAGUUGAAAAUAUAGUAUUUACUUCUGUAAUUUUUAAUUAUUUUAAAAUCUACUUGUUUAUUCAAGUAUGCAGAAACUAUAUUUUAUUUUUAGUUAUCUAAUUGUAGCUUAAGACUUUGUUUGUUUCUCAAAUCUAAUUUAAUAUAUCAGAAUAUUAAUGAUGCCAAAUUAUUUAAUAUGCAUCUUUUCAAAAAUUCAGAAAAUGACCAACUUUCAAACCGGAAGAUUAAAUAUAUUAUCUUAUCUCUCUCAUUACAGUGUUCUUGUUUUCAAAAUAAAUAUUGUGAAUAAAAAGUUUUUAAAUUGUGCCAUUU